AAUUCAGUUGACCAGACGACGUCGACGCGACACGCGACUAAAUCAGCAUAAUAAACGGCUAAUAAAUAAAUAUAAUUGGGGAACAUAGAAGAGUUAUAGUUAUAGCAGAUACACAUAUGUACAUAUAGCCAUUGAUGUAUACAUAUAUAUGUACAUCUCGAGGAGAAUGCGAGUGAUUUUCACGCGUCUACAAUAAAUAGUGCGCUGUGCAAGAAACGCGCGCGUUUUUGAAAACCGCACCAAAACCGCGCAUAAAACCAAACAAAAAUCCACUGAAAAGCAGUGCAGCUGCAACAGGAACAACCGCAAGUGGACCGGGGGCAACAGCAGAUGCCCACAAAAUGGUGCACCACAGCAACGAAGAUGCCAUGAACAAGAUUCCACUGAAGUCGGCCAGCGGCCUGGACUCCGAUGAGGAGAAGAAUGGCGGCGAACUGAUGCAGGAUACAGCCGCAGCUGAGGAAGCGAGACGUGAAAAGAUGCGUGCCAAACUGCUCGCCUGGAUGAAGAAGCUGACCAUUGUGCUCAUCUGCUUCAUUGGCAUUGCCCUCAUCAGCUACGUCAUCAUCAGCCUCUGCUUCAGUGAUGAGCAGCCGCAGGAGCAGCAGCAGGACACCGACCAGCCAACACCCAUUGGCAAUCUCAAUCUACUCGAUGAUGGAUCGAUGGGCGCCGCCACCACCCCUGCUGGGGAUGCCGACACGCUGCCCAAUGUGGCCGCCUCAACGUCAGCGACAGCGGCCACGCCCACACAGUUUGCGGAUCAGGUUGCCAUCGAUAUUGGCGAGAAUUUCAGCUCCAUUUUGGGUGUCUACCAGAAGGCAGCCGUGAGCUCGGACAAUCUCGAGUGCAGCAAGAUUGGCAGCGACAUACUCUCACGGAAUGGCAGCGCUGUGGAUGCGGCCAUUGCCGCUCUCCUGUGCAACGGUCUGCUGACGCUGCAGAGCAUGGGCAUCGGCGGUGGCUUCCUGAUGAACGUUUACAGCCGCCAGGAGCGCCACGCCACUUCCAUUGAUGCCCGCGAGGUGGCGCCCUACGCCGCUGAGCCGGACAUUUUCGACAAGAGUCCGGAGCUGUCGUUCAGGGGACCCCUGAGCAUUGCGGUGCCCGGCGAGGUAAUGGGCUACCAUGAGGCGCACACCAGAUUUGGCCAGCUGCCCUGGGCGGACCUUGUGGCGCCAUCGCUGAAGCUGUGCGAGGCUGGCUAUCACGUGUCCAAGCACAUGGCGCGGGCACUCAAAAUCGUUUGGCCACUCAUCAAGGAUCAGGAGCACUACAAAAUUUAUGCCAACAAGGAGACUGGCCUGCCGCAUGCCUCGGGCACUGUCGUGAAGCCACCGAAGCAGCUCUGCGAGUCGUACAAGCUGCUGGCCGAGAACGGACCACUGGACAUGUACAACGGCACCUUGGCCAAGCUGCUCGUGGAGGAUCUGUCGGAGCUGGGCAGCAUCAUAACCGGCGACGAUCUGCAGUACUAUUCCGCCGAUGUCGUCCACUCGAUAACCAUGGAGCUGGGCGAGGACACGCUGUAUGUGGUGCCGCCCGUCAGCUCGGGCUCUGUGGUGGCCCAUGCGCUGAGCAUCCUGCAGGGCUACAACUUCACAAGCGAGGACUUGGCCAGCGAGGACCUGCGUGCCCGCACCCUUCAUCGGUUUGCCGAGGCCCUCAAGUUCGGGUUUGCCCAUCGCUCGGAGCUGGGCGAUCUGCACUUUAUCGAUGUGCGGGAGCUGGUCAGCAAGCUGAAUAGUCCGGAGUAUGGGGCACAGAAUCGCGCCAAGAUCAACGACAGUCACGUGCUGGAGGGUCCGGCGGCCUACGGCGCUCAGUUCGGCGCCAAUGCGGAUCCCGAUGGCACUGCCAACUUGGUGGUUCUGGCACCCAACGGGGAUGCCGUGUCCGUGACCAGCUCGGUGAAUUCUUACUUUGGCUCGUCGCUGAUUGGACCGCGGACUGGCAUCGUGCUGAACAACGGCAUGAACGACUUUGCGGUGGAGAACAACUUGUACGGACUGCCCGUCUCGCAGGCGAACACCAUAGCGCCCCACAAGCGGCCGAUGUCCUCGCAGUCGCCAGUGCUGCUGGCCGACAGGGCGGGCGACAUUCGUCUGGCCAUUGGGGCGGCCGGCGGCGCUCGGAUCAUUCCCGCUGUGGUCGAGGUGGCGGCACGCGUCCUGUGGUUCGGACAGGACCUGAAGACGGCGAUAGAUGCACCGCGCGUGUACCACCAGCUCAUGCCCGAUGUCCUGGAGUACGAGAAGAGCGGCUUCUCCGACUCGCUGCUGCAGCUGCUGUCCAAGCGGGGACACGUCCUCAAGCUGAUCACCAACGACCUGUCAUCGGUGGUCACGGCCAUAGCGAGAAAUGCCACGGCUGUCUAUGCCAAUGCCGACUAUCGCAAGCGUGGCGGUGUUGCUGGUUUUUAGAUGUCAACACCACACCCCCCCUCUAUUCCUCCCCCCCUCUACCACUCGCACACAUCCUUCCAACACAUUCACACACACCGCAUUGAGAUUAGAUAAGCAAAGAGCAAGAGCAAUUGAUCGAGGAUGGAUGGAUUGAUGGAUUGAUGGAUUGACGGAUGGAUGGGGCUCAGCAUCAGGAUGAGAAUCAAGAACAGGAUCAGCCGCAGGAGCAGCGCAUCAAGUGAACAAGUAUUUAAGCUAGCUAUGUCUUUUUUUACAUACUAUGUUAAUCGUACGUUAUAUAAAUUUAUAUGCUACUACCUAACUACUACCUUAUACAAUAAACAAAACAACACAAAACACA